UUUCUAUGGCAUGUUUAAGUGGCGACGAGAGAAGGUCGGGGAGAACUUGAGCGGAGCAGACGACGCACUUAUCGCCCAGCGCCCCUCGCGUGCCCAGUUGGGAAUUUGGCAGUGAGCGGAGAGCAAGAGCGUGUGCCAUGUCCAAGGAAGAGUUGAAGUACCUGAGCGGCUUUGGCUCCGAGUUCGCCACCGAGGCCCUUCCAGGAGCCCUUCCCGAGGGCCAGAACAACCCGCAAGUAUGCCCUUACGGCCUCUAUGCUGAGCAGCUUUCCGGCACUGCGUUCACGGCGCCUCGUGAGACCAACAGGAGAGCCUGGUUCUACAGGAUCAGGCCCUCCGUGGUCCACAAGCCGUUCGCGCCCAUCAAGCACAAGUACCUGGACUGCAGCUUCGACAAACGGCAUCCGAAUCCCAACCAGCUGCGAUGGAACCCCUUCGACUUUCCCGCGGAGCCGACGGACUUCGUGGAGGGCCUGAGGACCGUGUGUGGCGCCGGAGACCCAACUGUGCGUCACGGCUGCAUCAUCCACAUCUACGCCUGCAACAAGUCGAUGGGAGAUUCCGCCUUCCAGAACAGCGACGGAGAUUUUCUUAUUGUUCCGCAGCAGGGAGUACUGGACAUCACCACAGAGUACGGCCGCCUUCGCGUGAGCCCCAAUGAGAUCUGUGUGGUUCAGUCGGGAAUGAGGUUCAACGUGGCUGUUCAAGGUCCUACUCGAGGGUACAUACUCGAGGUAUACGACGGCCACUUCAUCCUGCCGAAUUUGGGUCCCAUUGGUGCCAACGGCCUGGCCAACCCACGCGACUUCCUGACACCCGUUGCUUGGUACGAAGACAGGGAGGUCGCUGACUACCGCAUCAUUACCAAGUAUCAGGGCCACCUGUUCGAGGCACUCCAGGGGCAUUCGCCCUUCGACGUGGUGGCUUGGCACGGCAACUACGUCCCCUACAAGUACAACCUCAAGAACUUCAUGGUUAUCAACGCAACGGCCUUCGAUCACGCUGACCCGUCCAUCUUCACGGUGCUGACCUGCCCCAGCACGAAACCGGGCGUCGCCAUCGCCGACUUCGUCAUCUUCCCCCCGCGCUGGGCCGUUCAGGAGCACACCUUCCGCCCGCCGUACUACCAUCGUAACUGCAUGAGCGAGUUCAUGGGUCUCAUCUUCGGCAACUACGAGGCCAAGGAAGAAGGAUUCAGGCCUGGUGGCGCCUCCCUGCACUCCAUGAUGAUCCCGCACGGACCCGACGUCCAGUGCUUCGAGGGAGCCUCCAAGGGCGAACUCACGCCCGUCAGGGUAGCGGACGGCACGCAGUCGUUCAUGUUCGAGACGAGCCUGGGCCUGGCGCUGACGGAGUGGGGCGAGGACACCUGCCGCAAGGUCGACGCCAGCUACUUCGAGUGCUGGCAGGGCCUCAAGAAGAACUUUGACCCGAACUGGAAGCCUGAGAAGAAGGAGUAGUGUCGGAGCCAUGGGCGGGUCGCGAACGAGAAAUGCCGUGGAACGAAUUAGAAUUGGUAUCUAUCAGAAUCGUUAUAUUGAAAGGGGAUAUUGCAAUAUUGUUAUUCGUGGUUUAUAGUAUAGUUUUUGAAGAUUGAUGUAAAAUAAAGAGAUUGGGGAAAAGGGUGUCACAUAUGCUCAUCUUGGUGUAUGUAGGAAACACAUUAAUUUUUUGACAUGUUGUUUAAGAAAUUAAGAACAGUAAUAAACCCUACUACAUUCGAGUGUCAUUUUCACAGAUAGUCCGAGGCUUUGUAAAUUUGGAGACAAACGAAUAGAGCCAUACUUCGAUGCUUCAGAAGUUUCCGCUGAGCUGAAAAAAGUAGUGUCAGGCAUUCCUAAGAGCAAUGCCUAGUUAGUUUGGUGAUCUUAAAUCGUCAUAAAAUUCAAAAUAUGUUCUUAUGGUAUUAAGUUUAUUGGGGGUGAUGUAGCAGCAAGACAUGGGGAAGGCUGUAUAUGCUCAGUGUUUAAGGGGAACAAAGUUUGUCGUUUUGGGUACGAUGUGUUGUUGAUAUUCGGACAAAAGACAGAAACUGAUAAAUACUUUUGUA